AUGUGGCAAAGAUUUUUGGGAGCUUCUUCAGUUGUCGCAGUUGUCGCAACAAAUUCUUCAAGAGCCAUUCAACCACAGGAUAAUCAUAAUAUUAAUAAUGUUAAAAAAGUAAAUUGUUAUGAUAAUCAUUAUAAUAAUCGUUCUCAUUAUCAUUUUGCGUUCUCAAGAUAUGGUCAAUCUCAACAUACAAACAAUACUAAAUCAAAAAAAACAAAAUAUGGCAAACGAUUUGUAAAAAACUACUUAUAA